ACGGUCCAAUCAGGACCGGCGGCGGGCGCCUUCCCAGCUGGUGGAUGUUGCUUUCAGGGGCCGCGGAGUCCCGUGAGAACUUGUCCCGCGAGGCCUCAAGGGUCCCAUUCCCAUCGCUCUCACCUGCCCUGGUUGCAGAGCCACGAGGAGGAAGUCUUGGAGAACCCGGAAGGAGGCGGAGAUGGUUGACUAUUCAUUAAUUUUUCAUCAACUGUGUAAAACUGAGUCUUCUAGGGAGGAGAAAGCUUAAGAGGUUUAUAAAAGGAAAAGCCACAGGUUGUUAAAGCUGUCCGGCAUGAAUUAUGAUCAACUCUGACACAGGGAGUGAAAUAUUUGUCCUUGAGAACUAGGCUGUAACGGCUUAUUGAGGGUAAGGGUCGGAUAAUCAUCUUGACAUUCUGGACCAUUGAGCAGAUGUUCUGGAUGCCUGCAUUAAGACACUAAGUGGUGAAAAAGUUCAGACCUGCAUAAGCCCCACUUCCUCAAUGACCUGGCUCCAUUUUAGAGCGUUCUCUUGGCAAUACCGAGUCCAUUUUAAUUUUCCUUGCACACCUGUCCCCCUCCUGCCCUGGCUCUUGGGCUGGAGGCAGCCCUGGACAGGAGGUACCGAAGGGAAGUGAGUCGCACUUUUGCCUUCAGGAGAAGGGGACUGCAAGCUGCUGUUUGCUGCUGUCUCUUUGGCCAGGAGUAGAUUCGGCUUGGAGCCCACCAGGGCGGCAAGGUUCUGGUGCCCCAGAGAGGUCAGGCGGUGAAGGGCUGAAGCUGAAAUCCCGCACUUCCGCCCUGCAUGGUCACGUGACCUUCAGCCAGCCCUUCGCUCAGAAUCCAGGCCUACAACGUUAUCAAUCAAAGCCGCGUGUGUUUGUGCGCCCAGAGGCCUGUCCAAUCAGGGCGUGAGGGGUCGGACACCCCCCCUCCCAUCCAAUCAGGAACGGGGGCCGGCUCAUUCGCUUGUGAGGUGACGUAGUUCGCUGCCGCCCGAGCGUACGGGCGCAUCUACCUCAUGGGGCGUGUGGUGUCUUGUGGCUGUCGCUCUAACCGGCUUGAGUCGUUGGGAUCGGGGCUGCGGAGAGGAAGACCUGAGAGCGCGGAGAGGGGCAGUAAUGGACUUGCUGAUCUUUGAAGAUGUGGCCGUGAAUUUCACCCCGGAGGAAUGGGCUUUGCUGGACCCUGCUCAGAGGAAGCUCUACAGAGACGUGAUGUUGGAGACCUUCAGGAACCUGGCCUUUGUGGGUUCUUGCCUUCACGUUAAAACCAGUGGUUCAAGUGCCCAGCGGGAUAUUUUGGAGAAUGUACUAUGCAGUGAAGAGAAAAUAGUAAGAUUCAAAAGAAAUGAUUCCAAGUCUGUUUUGGGAGAAAACUGGGCCUUUCCCAACAUGGGACAUCAACAUCCACCUCAUCAGAAGUAUUUGAGAAAUAACUUGGUGGAGAGUCUCUGUGAAGGUAAAAAAGGUCAUCAGUGUCUAGGAACCCUGAACCAGAUUACAAAUCUUGCUGUAUAUAAGGAUUGUCAGACUGGAAUUCAGCCCCAUACAUGCACUAAGUGUGGAAAAGCUUUCAGGGAUCAUUCUUUCCAGAAGAAUCAGCAAAGAUCUCACACUGGACAUAAAGCUUAUUCAUGCGAACAGUGUGGGCAAGCCUGCAGCUGUGUCUUGUGCCUAAGCAUUAGUAGGGAAACAGACAUGGUAGAGAAACCCUGUAAAUGUCAGGAUGCUGGGAGAGCAUCUAAGAGAUUUGUUAAGAGUCUCAUUAAUAAACAGUCUUUAGAGUGUAAGAGAUCUGGAAAAGCUGUCAAUUGUUCCUCAUCCUUUAAGGGACACGAGAGAGGUCACUAUGGACAGAAAAUCCACGUGUGUGAAGUAUGUGGGAAAUCCUUCAGUUAUUCUUGCCAGCUUGCAAGGCAUGUGAGAACUCACACUGGAGAGAAACCCUAUGAAUGUCAAGAAUGUGGGAAAGCUUUCACUAGCAUCUCACACUUCCGAGAACAUGUGAGAAUGCACACUGGAGAGAAACCCUAUGAAUGUAAACAGUGUGGCAAAGCUUUCAGUUGGUGCACUUACCUUCGAGAGCACAUGAGAACACACAGUGGAGAAAAACCCUACGAAUGUAAGCAGUGUGGCAAAGCCUUCCCAUAUCUCAAAUCCCUGCAAGGACAUGUGAGGAUACACACUGGAGAGAAACCUUAUGUGUGUAAGGAAUGUGGGAAAUCCUACAGUUGUCCCAAAUACUUCAGAAAACAUGAAAAAACACAUAGUGGAGUAAAACCCUAUGAAUGUACAGAAUGUGGGAAAGCCUUCAUUACUUCCUCAUCCCUUCGAGAACAUAUGAAAACACACAGUGAAGAGAAGCCCUAUCAGUGCCAGCAGUGUGGGAAAGCCUUCAGGUACCCGAGAUCCCUGCAAGGGCACAUGAUAACACACAGUGAAGAGAAACCGUAUGAAUGUCUGCAAUGUGAAAAGGCCUACAGGUGUCUCAUAUCCCUGCAGAGACAUAUGAAGAUACACAGUGGUGAAAAAUUCUGAAUACAAAGACUGUGGGAAAGCCUUUAUUCUCCCGUAAAAGCUUAUAAAUGUGAGCAGUCCCAGGAGGAAAAGCAUGGAAAGAAUGUGGGGAAAUGUUCAGCACUUCACCUCUUUUAUACUUGAAAACUCAGGGUAGGACAGAAAUCUUUUUGUAAGUGCCUUAUCCUGAAUAAAGAUCCCAGUGUAUUAAUUUCUAGUUCAUCUUGCUGAUCUGAGCACUUAAGAUAAUAACUAUCCAUCUAUGUUUCCGUCAUCUUUAAUUACCACUUAUGUUUUAAUAUUUCGGGCUUUAAAUGAUUAUAUGGUCAUAUAAUACUUGUUGCAUUUCCAUUACAGUAUUUUUUGAGCCCAGA